UCUUCUGCUAUGGAAAGAAAACUGGAAACCCUCAAGAAAUUGCAGUCAUUAUUGGAAGCAAAAUUUGUCAUCGACAAUCGACUAGUAAAAGCUAGAGCCCACAAGGAUAAAUUCAAGGCUUUGCGGAAGCAGGCGGAGAAGGAGAAAUCCAAAGCUAUAGAGAAUAUUGAUUCAUUGAGGAGGAAACUAGAGGAAGAAGAGGCUUCGAUGAAAAUAGAAGCAGAAAACAUAAGGCAAACAACUGAAAAGAAGAUGCAGAAAUAUGAUGAAGACAUAAAGAGGCUUCAGAAAAUGAUCAUGGAGUUUAGUCUCGCUGCUGCUGAUAUAUCGAAGAUAGCAGCUCUUAACGUGACGAAAAGGCUGGCUGUCUUUCAGGAGAACUUCAGCGAGGCUCCAUAUGUGAAACGAGAGAGAGAGUGCGUCAUGUGCUUGACUAAUGAGAUCUCUGUGGUUUUCAUCCCAUGUGCGCAUCAGGUUCUAUGCGUUCAGUGCAACGUGAUCCAUGAGAAGCAUGGGAUGACAGACUGCCCUUCUUGCAGGACGGCCAUCCAAAAGCGUGUCUCUGUUAUUUUUCGCGUUGAUUAGCAGCUCAGUUGGAGUGCCUUUUAUUACAUUUAGUACAAACUACAGUUUCAAACAGAACUUUGAAACAGUUGUAGAAUGCAUGAAUCUGAGGA